AUGAUUUCAUUACAAAAAGGUUCACAUCUAACUCUUUCUGAGAUUUUCUUAGUUAAUGAGGAUUUACAGCCUGUUUUUGAUCCAAAGGAUAGACCAUGGAGAUGGUGGAAUUUUGUUUUUUUCUGGGUGGCUGAUGCCUUCAAUGUCAAUACCUGGCAAAUUGCAGCUACAGGUGUUCAACAGAAACUAUCUUGGUGGGAAACUUGGAUCUCUGUUUGGAUUGGUUAUAGUUUGGUUGGUUGCUUUUUGUUCAUUUCUCAAAGAAUUGGUUCCCACUAUCAUAUCUCAUUCCCUGUUAGUUGCAGAACUUCAUUUGGAACAUUCGGUUCAAUCUGGCCUAUUAUUAACAGAGUCGUCAUGGCAAUCAUUUGGUUUAGUGUGCAAUCUUGGCUGGGUGCCGAAUGUGUUGCGUUGUGUUUGAAAGCUAUAUUUGGUGCUAAUUUGGAGACAAGAAUUCCAAACAAAAUUGCCAGUUCAGGUACUUCAUCAUUUAUGUUUUUAAGUUUCUUCCUAUUCUGGUUGUUUCAAUUACCUUUUAUUUACUGCAGACCUCAAACAAUCCGUCAUUUAUUCACAGUUAAAGCUUAUACAUGUGCCACUGCAGGUAUUGCAUUUUUGGUUUGGACCAUUGUCAGAGCUGGUGGUAUUGGUCCAGUUGUCCACCAAAAGACUGAAUUGACAGGUUCAGAUCAUGCUUGGGCAUUUGUCAACUCAACCAUGAAUUGUUUGGCCAAUUUCGCUACAUUAAUUGUUAAUGCUCCUGAUUUUUCAAGAAUUGCUAAAAACCCAAGAGAUGCAUCACUAUCUCAAUUUAUGGCUAUUCCAAUCUGUUUUGCAAUCACAUCAUUGAUUGGUAUUUUAGCUUCAAGUGCCUCUACAACAAUGUAUGGUGAAACUUUAUGGUCCCCAUUAGAUUUAUUAGAUCGUUAUGUUAACGCUGGUACUUCAGGUGAUCGUGCAGGUGUUUUCUUUAUUGCAGCAGCUUUCGCCCUUGCUCAAGUUGGUACAAACAUUUCAGCAAAUUCCAUUUCAGCCGGUACUGAUGGUUCAGCUCUAUUACCUCGUUUUGUCAAUAUUCGUCGUGGUGGGUUCAUUUGUGCCGCUAUUGCAUUCUGUGUUUGUCCAUGGAAUUUCUUUACAUCUUCUUCAAAUUUCACAACUUAUUUGAGUGCUUAUGCUGUCUUUUUGUCAUCUAUCGCAGGUGUUGUUGCUGCCGAUUAUUGUGUUGUCAGACGUGGUUAUAUCAAUGUGUUCCAUUUGUAUUCAAAUGGUGCUAAGUACAACUAUUCAUACAACAAGUUUGGUAUUAAUUGGAGAGGUUAUGCUGCUUAUAUCUGUGGUAUCUUACCAAAUGUUGUUGGUUUUGCAGGUGCUUGUGGUAAUAAAGUUCCAAUUGGUGCAACCUAUGUCUAUAACCUUUCAUUUUUCACAGGUUACAUUAGUGCUUUCUCUGUUUACUGUGCAUUAGUUUAUUUCUUCCCAGUGAAGGGUAUGCCAGUUAAGAAGUUCCUCAGUGAAUCAGGUUGGUAUGAAGAGAAUGUUAACUACGAAUUAGAAGAGGACUUUAUGACUGAAAUCAACAAUGACCAUCCAAAUGAUUAUAUCAAAGGUGGGAAGUUCCUCUAG